GUGGGUGUCCGGAAUCCAGGAAACCGGGAGGGGGCGGGAAAUCGCAGGGAAAAGGAGGAGAGCUCGGCGGCGGCUGGCGGAAGGUGGGGAGAGCUCGCGCGUUCCAGCUGAUUCAGCAGCGGUCGUGUGAAUGCGCGGAGAUGUAGCUGACAGGGCGGGAGGGGUGUCGCGCUCUCCGGAUCGAAGGGAGAAGAGCUCUUUCGGGUACCUGCCGGCUGCGGCUGCCUCCCCCACCCCUCUGCCGUCGGAUCUUCCCGCUCCUCUCCUCCCCCCCACCCCCACCCCCGUUUCUCGCUUCCCCGCCGCUCCGCAUGCUGCGCCCUCCCCGCCCUCGAUGCCACUGCUUCCCCCCGGGGGAGGGCUAGAAAGGCGCCGAGGAGGAUGAGCGAAGGGGUCGCCUCGCCGCCGGGUGCCGCAGCCGCUGCCGAGGAGGGGGCGGCGGCGGCGGGCGGGGGCCCUGCGGCGGGCGAUGGAGGGCCCGAGGCGGCGGCCCGGGAGGUGCGCUGCGGCGACUGCCUGGUGUGGAACCGGCAGCAGACGUGGCUCUGCGUGGUGCCGCUCUUCAUCGGCUUCGUGGGCCUGGGGCUCAGCCUGAUGCUGCUCAAGUGGAUCGUGGUGGGAUCCGUCCAGGAGUAUCUGCCCACCGAGCUGAUGGAUUCCAAAGGGAUCGAGCAGGACCCCUUCUUCCUCUCCAAGCAGCCCACCGCCCCGCCCAAGAGCGGGGAGCCCACCGCCUCGCCCGGCACGGACGCCGCCGCCGCCGCCGCCGCCGCCGCUUCUAGGACGCCCAACCGGAUCAGUACCCGGCUCACCACCAUGACCAAGGCGCCCACCCGCUUCCCGGCCACCCGGGGCCCCGUCCGGGCCGUCCCGCCGCGGUCCACCACGGCGCGCCACACGCUGGCGCCCCCGACCGUCCUGGCCAGCACCACGGCGGCUGUCGCUGUCCCUUUCAGCACCACGCUCCACGUGGCCCGCCCGCCGCCCGGCGCCCCUCGGAGCCCCCCUGUGCCGCUCUGGCCCACUGCGGCGUACACUACCUCGUCGUACAAGACUUAUCUUCAGGACUCGGCUCCUUCCUGGACCUUAUCCCCCUUCCAAGAGGCCAGCACCACCACCACCACCACCACCACGCCGGAGACCAGCUCCAGCCCCAAAUCCCAUACAACAACCUAUUCCAUUGAACAAUCUGAGCACUUUAAGCCAUGCAAGGAUAAGGAUCUUGCAUACUGUCUUCAUGAUGGCGAAUGCUUUGUCAUUGAAACCCUAACAGGAUCUCACAAGCACUGCAGGUAGAUAUUUCUGACUGUUACUGAUGAGAAAUUCAUUCCCUUGGAAUUUUUAUCCAACGUUAUGAUGAAUUGUACUUUGGAGAAGUUAUAGCAGAGUCAGCACUGCAGGAGAGCUGAAAUAUAUACUUCGCUGUGCAGCUCUCAGCCAACACACAAAAGUCAUGCAUUUUGAAAGGUAUAUCUUCAAGGGGAAAUAAAAACUUCCUGUUGGCCUUCCACGAGAGCCUUAAAAUCUGACUCUACCAAGUGGGACACUCCAUGGUCAGUGGAUUAAUAGAAUAGUCUACCUCUGCCCCACUAUCUAUUGCUCCGUCCUUAGCUAUCUUUGUUAAUUCUAAUGGAAAUAUUUAUGGUUUUAUUUUUUAAUAUUUUAUAUUCCCAUUUCUAGCUUGUUGCAAGUUGCCUAAUGUUGCUUGAGGGAAUGAUGGGCAGCAUAUAUAUUUACUAAAUAAAAUAAAAGUGUAGGGAACAACACAAUGGCUUAUAGAAGAUGGCUGAGAGACAUAUAUUAGGAUGUACUCAUUAUAUUCGUUCAUUUUUUGGUAUAAGCAGAGAAUGAGGUUGGAGAGCUUAAUAUCAACCCGUUCAAAACUCCUUUCUGUUCCUUAUAUCCUAGCAUAGGCUCAUAGGGUUGGAAGGGAUCUCAGAAGUCUCCUAAUCAAACCUCCUGGCCAGGGAAGAAGUUCUUAUACCAUGCCAGACAAACGGCCCUUCAAUCUUUUCUUGAAAGCCUCCCAUGAUGGAGCACCCACAACUCCAGCAGGCAAGCUAUUCCAAUGAUUAAUUGUUCUCACUGUCAAAAAAAAAAAAAUCUUCUUCUAGAUUAGAUCUCUCUUUAAUGAUCUCCCAGCCAUUACUUCUUGUCCUUCCCUCAUCUGCUUUGAAGGAUAAGCUAGCCCCCAUCUCCUCUGGGACAGCCUCCCAAGUACUGGAAGAUUGCAAUCAUAUCACCCCUAGUUCUUCUCUGCAUUAGACUUGACAUACUUAGUUCCCUUAUAUAGUUUAACCUCCAGGACUCCUGUCAUCUUUACUGCUCUUCUCUGAACUCUUUCUAGAAUCUCAGCAUCUUUCUUGUAUUGUGGCAACCAGAACUGAAUGCAGUAUUCCAAGUGUGGCCUCAAUAGUGCAGUAUAAAGUGGUACCAUCAGUAUAAAAUUUAUAAAGCAGGGAUGGCGAACCUUUUUGGCACUGAGUGCUGAAAAGGGAGCACCCAGACGCUUCCCACUUCCGUGUGGCACUCUCCCCUCCAUGCUAGCGGCCGCCACUUCCCCCUUCUCUCUCUUCAUUCCCGCUGCUGGGCGACCCCGUGUGAAGAAGGGGCCUAGCAGAGAGGGGAGAGGGUAAGGUUGCUUCUUCUGGGACGAGGGGACCCAGGAGGCAUCUGGGUCUGGCUCACCCUCCCCAGGCCCCUGUCCAUUUCCCCCCGACAGCCGGACAAAGCUAGACAAAAAGCCAGCCCUCGCCACUGCCGAGCUUCCCUGACAGCGGGCUUGGAAAGGGCAAUGUGAGCUGCACUGCUGCCUGAGUCAAGCUGAGAGCUGAGAGAGUGCCAGUGAGCCAGUGGUGCUUCCCUCCAGCCUUUGCCCAAAGCCCCGCCCCGCCCCAGGAGGCUGAGGUUGGAAUUCCUGUCCCCCUCCGACCCACGAAUACCUUGGCAACGGGACAGUUUCUCUCCACCCCCCCUUUCCUGUUUUGUCUGCCAGAUCGGCAUAGGGGGACGAACUAGCUUCGCUGCCCAUGGCAGCUAGGAAUCUCAAAGCCGAGAAUGAAUGUUUGCGUUGUAGCCAGCCUGGGUGCUAGAUCGGCUCCCUGAAAACUCCGUCUCUCAAGGAGCCCGGCCAAACUUUUGCGCCUCACUCUCUGAGGCGGAGGGUGAGGUGGAGCUCAUAGGUGUCCAAGCUAAGUGCCUGAAAAAUCCCAGCUGGCCAGCGAGGAGGCGGGGCAUCCCAACACCAGCAGCUCUGCGGGAAAAGAAACAGGGGCUUUUUGCCGAGCCGAUGCAGGGUCACAUUGUGCUUCAGGAGGAGGACAGGAUCCCAUCUCCCCCAUUGUGAAGUAUGCAAGUGAAAAAGUUCACUCAAUCAAUUCAAACUUUGCAAGUUCUUUUUCUUUCUCCAGAAAUUGGAAUUGAUUGAGUGAAACGAGAUGGAAAAAUGCGAUUG